UGAGAUGGAAACCACAGCAACAUGAAAAUAAUCUGAUUUUAUUUUUGCAGAACAGGCAUUUUUAGCAGAAACCCAGGGUUUUCAUCCAAGAAAAUUUUCAUAAAGCAAAUUAUUUUCAUAUUUGACCUGAAACAGAUUUGUUUAUAACAUAUUUAUGCAGAUAAUUUGGUAUAUAUUGCAUUACUUUGUGUAAAGAAAAAGCCGCUUUCUGUUGUAGUAAUUUAAAUUGCAAGAAAUUGAAGCAACGCUAAGCAAAAUCAAUGAAUGAAAUGUACAAGAUAUGGCCAAAAUAAUUGUGAAAUUCCAGCGUUAUUUUCGACGGAAGCCUGUGCGAUUUUUUACUUUUAUAAUCCUUUAUUUAACUGCUGGCAGUGUGGUUUUUCUCCAUGCUAGUUUUGAAGGAGAACAAAUUGUAUCAGACAAUGACAAGACUUCAGUAGAUGGCACUAGCAAUGGGCCAGAUGUCCAAGAACUUGGAAUUGCCCCUUUAAGCAGAGUAUUUAAAGAAGUUCCAGAGUCUCCAAGUACACAUAGGCGAUAUGGACCAUGGCUCAAAACCCCUGGGAAAGAACUUCCAGAAAGGAUCAAACAAGGAGAAUUUGGAGGUACAUGGAACAGGGCUUUAAAAGGCAGAAGCAUGAGAGAGCAAGAGGAAUGUAGAGCAAAGUAUAUUGGCUGCUACACGGAUGACACGCGGCAGAGAGCACUCCGUGGAGUGUCCUUUUUCGACUACAAGAAGAUGACAGUGUUCCGUUGCCAAGACAACUGUGCAGAACGUGGAUACAUGUAUGCUGGGCUUGAAUUUGGUGCAGAAUGUUACUGUGGACACAGAAUCAAAGCAUUAAAUGUCAGUGAGUCAGAGUGUAACAUGGAAUGCAAAGGAGAGAAAGGCAACUUCUGUGGUGGAGUGAAUCGUCUCUCUAUAUACCGACUGGAACUAAACCAGGAGUCAGCAAGGAGGUGUGAGUAUUGAACUAAUAGGGGGAGGAAAAUGAGCAUGUAUCUAUAAGGCUUGUUCAUAGAUAUCUAUUAGUAUACAUGUGCUAGCAACUUACAAUGUGAAUUUUCCAAUAAAUUUGACUUUUGUUUUGAAUCUUUUUGUUUUUGCUGUGAGAGCUGUGACAGGAAACAGUUUUAGAAUAGGGCAAAACUGUCUGUAAUAUACAGUAAGCAUAUUUAACAACUAUAAAGGAACAUUGGCACCCAAGGAAAAGGGGACAAUCAAAUCCCUGCACCCUUGCUGUCACACCAACACUGUUUGGCAGAGUUAGUGGCAGACCCAGAGGAGCUGAUAUGGGCAGGGUGAAAAGACACAAGAUCAAAUAAUGGUGCCGGUGCACUCUUAUUUAUGGCAUUGUUAAUAGUAGUACAUUUAUAUUUAAAAAGUUAAACAGCAAUAAAGCGUGUGAACAUUUUUUUUAUAAUUACACAGCCUUUCUUAAAAUGGUUGUGCCUUGGGGGAGGAUCUCUGCUGCCUAUUCCUAACCCUUAUAGUUUUAACAGAAUACUUUCUGCUGUUCAGUACUUAGCUGGCAAAUUAUAGUAGAUGUACUAACCUCAAGGGUUUAAAUGCCGGGGAAUUCAUGUUGAACCAUGCAUUGAAGAGCCAUUAAAGAUUUUGCUAUCAGAACAAAUGCAGGUAAGGGUGUUUGCGUAAUUUGGGUCUCCAUACCUUAAGUCUAAAAAAAAUAAUUUAAACAUUAAAUAAACCCAGUAGGAUUGUUUUGCUUUCAAAUUUUAAUUCUAUCCUAGUUGUGAUCAAGUACAAGGUACUGUUAUAUUAUUAUGAUAGAAAGAAAAGGAAAUCAUUUUUAAAAGUUUUAAUUAUUUGCUUAUAAUGGAGUCUAUGGGAGAUAGCCUUCCUGUAAUUCAGAGCUUUCUAGAUGAUGGGUUUCUGCAUAAAGUAUUCCAUACAUGUAUCAGGGUAGUUGUAAAUUAUUAAACAUAUUUUAUUUUGUGUAAAUAGUAUAAUAUACUCUUGUAUUCAUUCAAUAUUCAGUGCUUAGUUAAAAUGAUUAUAUAGGUAUAGAGCACUGCAGUUAAUGCAGAAUUUGUUUAUGUGGAGGCUGUUAUAAAGUCAGUGGUGCAUAAUUGGAAAUGUCAAAAUAAACUAUUUGAAAUGACCUUUA